UUUUACAAGGUUAUUGGUAUAGCCGUCAUCUAUCAAAUGUCAAUCUAUCAAUGAUUGCACGUUUGAAGUGCACAAUCAAGUGUAUUGCAUUUUUCAACAUAAGCAGUAAUCGGGUUACGGGUAUAUAAAUUCAUAAUUAACUCGUUAAGUCGCUUCUCGACAUAAUGACGACUAUAAAAGUGGAAAACGAAGCAGAAAUUAUCAAGAAAUUGUCAUCUUACAUUGAAAAGAUAUCAAACGAUGCAAUUACUAACCGUGGAAAGUUUUAUGUCGGUCUUUCAGGAGGAUCGGUUAUCAAGUAUCUAUGUGAGAGUUUACCAAAGAUCUCCACAAACUGGUCUAAGUGGGUGCUUGCAUUCUGUGAUGAGAGGGUAGUUCCUGAAGAUAGCGAAGAUUCCACUUUUGGAGUUUACUGCAGACAAUUGUUGCCAAAAGUACCCCUGGAAAGAAGUCAAUUUAUUUCAAUCAAACAAGGAGUGUCAGCUGAUGAAGCAGCCCAAGAUUACACAGAACAAUUAAAAUUAGCAUUCAACAGCAGUGACUUCAAAUUUGAUCUUCUGUUACUUGGGAUGGGACCGGAUGGACACACAUGUUCAUUAUUCCCUGACCACAAACUCCUGGAGGAAACUGCUCUCAUGGUGGCACCCAUAACUGACUCUCCAAAACCUCCACCUGAGAGAAUCACACUGACAUAUCCAGUUAUUAACAAUGCAAGGAAUUGUAUAUUUGCUGUGUGUGGUUCUGGGAAGUCAGAAAUUAUUAAGCGUAUAUUCAAGGACAAAGAAAAUCUACCAGCUGCUCGAGUGAAGCCAAUAAAUGGAUCAGUUUAUUGGAUUCUUGAUUCAGCCGCCGCCUGCUAUUUAUAGUACUCUGCUAAUGGCUAGGUGGUUUGGGUGAUAAAUAACCGUUAGGUGUCGCCGUAACUUAUAGUUUUCUUUCACAUUCCGUAACAAAAAGUACCGACGACUUAAGAACCUCCUCCUUUUUUGAAGUCGGUUCAAAAGCGCAAUAUAUACAGUGUUAAAUUCUGUGUACAUGUUUAGCACCAUUACAAUUUUUUUCUGAAUAUGUAGUUCAGAUCACAGUUAAAAAUUUCAACACAAUUUAUUUAAUAUUAUGUAAAUCAUGAUCUAUAUGGAAAUAUCACAUUUUAUAGGGAAAUGUCACAAUGUAUGACAAAAAUUAGUGCUAUUUCAAAAAUGGCCUCUUUUCUAAGGUGAAAAUUUGUACCUACUGUAUAUUUAAUAAAAAUAACUUAUGUAAUGUUAUUAUGUGUGAUAUUAUGUAUUAUGGCCAAGGCAUUGUUGUUUGGAAUUGGUUAUAGUUGUUAAGAUAUAAAUAUCUAUAUUUUUUAAAUACCAGUUUGGGUUUUUGUUGCAAUAAAAUAUUUUCAAAUACUGUC